AUGGAGUUGAAGUUUAUCCUAUUUGCCGCUCUGCUCAGUCAUGCUGCUGUGGGUACACAGUCCGCCGCAAAUCCCAAAGCCAAUGCAAAAACGAAGAAGCUGUUGACGGCUUUGAGCAAACUUGGAGACAGGAUCCUCUCCGGAGCCUUCGGCGGUUACAACCUCUUCGUUCAUGAGGUCGGUUUCUCCAUGGAUCAAGCAAAUGGAAUCCAUAAAUUGACUAAUAAGUUCCCCGCUGUCUAUGGAAUCGACUGUUCGCCAGGUUGGGAGACCACUGAAGAAGGUCAUGAAACCGACAUCCUCGAUUGUUUUAACUCUCAGAUUGUAGAUUAUGCUAAAAAGGGAGGUAUCAUUACUGCCAGCCACCACUUCCCGAACCCUGUGUUUCCAGGCAACAGAGUACCCGGAAAUCAAAUAAGUAACAAAAACUUUUCCGAAAUUCUCCAGGACGGAACACCGGCGAGAAACAGGUGGUUAAAAAUGAUGGGAAAGAUUGCUGAAGGUUUUCAACGGUACAAGGACGAGGGGAUCACCAUCUUAUACCGUCCCUUCCACGAGAUGAACGGAGGCUGGUUCUGGUGGGGAAAAAUAGAUGACGAAAGCCAAAAUGAUGAAAGACAUCGCCUCUUCAAGCUCCUCUGGCAGGAUCUCUUCAACUUCAUGAAAAAUAAAGGACUGGAUAACCUACUUUGGGUCUACUCUCCCGGAGCUUUUAGUGGUUCCUAUACCGCCUUCUACCCAGGAGAUAACUUCGUCGACAUAGUUGGCUUAGACUGGUACACUGAUAACGGUGUUACUAAAUGUGAAGGUUACGAUGAGCUGACUCGCCUAGGAAAGCCUUUCGCAUUUGCAGAAGUCGGACCAGCAGGGGACAGUCAUGGGAAGCUCGAUUUUGGAUGGUUUGUCGAAACAAUGAUAUCUCACUACCCGAAGGCUGUAUACUUCAUGCCUUGGAAUGGCAUAACUGGUCCCAUCCAGAACAAAAACGCCUGGGGAGCUUAUAAUAAUCCUAAAGUGAUCAACAUGGGGGAACUAAGAGUGUGAGAC